AUGGUCUACUCGCUGUCGUAUCGCCGCCCAGGCCGUGCCACUGUUGCCGACAAUGCCUCUGCCAUCUCCAAUGACACCAAGCGCGAGACAAUUCGCGCAUCAAUCAAGUCUGGCUCGAGCGGCAUAUCCAAUGGCAUUCCCGAAGCCUUGUCCUUUGACAACAUUGUUGCUGGUGGCACUUGCCCGCCUUGUACCGUUCGUGAUUUCAUGAACUUCCUCAAGUACAUCGAGCUGUCCGCCGAGAACCUGCAAUUCUUCCUCUGGUACCGCGACUACGUCAAGCGCUUCAAUGCCCUACCAGAAAGCGACAAGGUCUUGUCGCCUGAAUGGACUGGUGAGACUAACAACGCCAACGACCCAAAGCCCAGCCCACUGCUUUACAGUACUGAAGCCGCAACUAUCCUCAAAGGCACCGAUUUCGCCACCGAAGGCCGCCGUGCUGAAUCCGACAAGGCUGCUAGCGAUCCUUUUCACACGCCGCCUCGCACUCCUAGCAGCUUCGACCAAGCGGCUGCCGGCUCUCUCGACUUCAACAGUGAGAGCAGAUCUGGCUUCAAGAUUGAUCAUGCCCAGCGUGCUGCUGGUGCGUUUGAUCAUGCUGGCCUCAAAUGGAAACCACUAUCCAUCCAGCCGUACCGAGAAGAGAUCAAUCGCAUCAUCUCCAUCUACAUUGCCGACAAUGGACCGCGCCAGCUGAACCUCUCGUCCAAGGAGCACACUUCUUUGCUGCAUGCUCUCCAGAACACGACACACCCAUCUGCCUUCAACGAUGUCAUCACGUCUGUCGAAUGGUCGCUUCGUUGCCAGGCACAUCCCAACUUUAUUCGCUGGACCAUCUGCAACGGCAACCGUCCCCGUGUCAUCUUCGCACGUGGCCUCGGUAUUGGCGGCAUCGUCGCCGGUCUCGUUACUGCCAUCGUUCUCACUCUUAGCGGCGCUGGUCGUGCAUGGCGCGUCAUGUCGCUGAUUGGUUUCUUCAUCGGCAUCUCCACCCUGAUUGCAGCCUGGAAAGGCAUGUGUGUGGUGCUUCACGGCAUGCAUCAUCGACAUCUCCGACCAUGGGAGCUUUUUGCGUCCGACGAUGAACUGCAGGCCGAAGAGAUCAAAUCCGAGUCUUCCCAAAGCAUAGAGUCUCACGCAUCCACCAAUUCUUACGAAGAUGAGCCAUGGGUUGCACGCUACGAAAAACGCAACCUUGUUCGCAAGGUCUUUGACCGUGAGAUCUGGAUCCAGGAGCCUGCUCUUCGCCAGAUUCAGGAUACCAUCUUCCUCCAAGCUAUUCUCGGUGCUCUCAUCAUCUCUGGCGUGGCUGUCGGCAUCUUUUGUGCUGUUCCCCAGGGCAACUUCUUCUAAACACAGCAUACAUUUCCACGAUGAAGCCUUCCCACAAUUCCUCCGCUUGUUACGCCCUUGUUCCAUUCGAUACGAAUUCUUUUUUGAUACCCAAUUACCGCGUCUUGACUACCCUCCCCCAAAUGUAUCCGACAUCAUCUACUGAAGCUUCUUUGAUAGAUGAUGCGCAAUGUACUCUUCUUAUUUCAAGCUAUACUAUCGCGCAGACGAGGAGGCACGGCCGCGUAGUAGGAUAUUUUGCUAGAUUGUUACAUAUAUAGCCCACAUGACAAAACAUGUGAGAACGAAGAUUAACGUUGUAUUUAAGCUUAUCCGAACAACAAAAGAAAAGUCUCA